CGCCAUAAAACCCUAAACCCCGUUUCUCUCUUUCUCCAGAUCCUGACUUUCUCUCCCCUCCCUCUUUCUAAACUCCAUUUCCCCUUACGCUGUCUCUCCAAACCCCAUUCAUCACUCUCUAAUCUCUCUCUCUCUGAGCCGCACAGAGCUUUUAACCUGCGAAUCGUCUGCACAAUAAUGUCGUUGGUUCAUCUGGAUGAUGAAACUGCAAAGAAAGUUAUUCGUCAGGUUGAGUUUUACUUUAGCGACAGCAAUCUCCCUCGCGAUCGAUUCCUCAAGAAAACGAUUGAAGAGAGUGAAGAUGGACUGGUGGGUUUGAGUAUUAUUUGUGCAUUUUCUCGAAUGAGAAGUCAUCUUGGGCUCGGAGAGUGCAAGGCUGAUGAUGUCCCUGCUGAUAAGGUUCUUGCAGUUGCAGAAACCCUAAGAACCUCUUCUUCUCUCAAAAUCUCAGAAGAUGGAAAGAGGGUAGGUAGGAGUACUGAACUUUUGAAUGCUGAAGAGGUGAUAGAGCAAGUGGAUUCAAGGACCAUUGCAGCUUCUCCUCUUCCAUACGAUGUUAAGCAUGAAGAUGUGGAGUCUUUCUUUGGAAACUAUGGGAAGGUGAACAGUGUGAGGUUACCUCGCCAUAUUGCAUCCAAGAAACUUUUCUGUGGCACUGCUUUGGUUGAAUUUUCGUCAGAAGAAGAUGCAAAUAAGGUUUUGAAAGAGAGUUUGAUUCAUGCUGGUGCAGAACUUGAGCUAAAACCAAAGCAGGAUUUUGAUGCAGAAAGAAGAGCCUUGAUAGAGAACCUAGAAAACUCAAAUUUCGGUCAUGGUCACCAGAAGAAUGGAAGGGCAGGAGGUGAAGAUAACAGUUAUCCAAAGGGGCUUAUAGUUUCAUUCAAAUUGAAAAGUAUGUCAGAGGAUGAGUCUAAAGGGCAUAACAGUAAUGUUGAGACAGAGACAGAGAGUGAAGGAAAGGUCCUUGAAGAAGCUGGGAAACCAAGCGAAGAUUCAACCGUGGAAGAUUCUAAGAAAGAAAGUGAAGAUGGGGUUAAAGAAGAUACUAAGAAGGAAAGUAAAAAUGAACCUGGAGACUCAGCCAUGGAAGAUGCUAAGAAGGAAUGUGAAGAUGGGGCUACAGAAGAAGCCAAGAAGGAAAGCGAAAAUAAAGCCAUUGAAGAUGUCAAUAAGGAAAGUGAUGACAAAACCACUGAAGAUGUUAAGGGGGAUGGUGAUGGAAAGACCCUUGAAGACACUAACAAGGGGAGUGAAGAGACAAUCUUACGGGAGGAUAUAAAGAGUGUCUUUGCAAAAUUCGGUACUGUCAAGUAUGUUGAUUACACGAAGGGAGCAGAGUCAGGGUAUGUUCGUUUUGAGCAUCCGGAAGGAACCGAACGGGCUCGUGCUGCUGCUGUGCUUGCUGAAGAGGGUGGCUUGGUAGUGAAGAACCACAUUGCUAUCCUGGAUCCCGUAACAGGUGAUGCUGAGAAAGAGUACUGGAAUAAAGUCCGUGAACAUCAGGAUAGGUGGCGCGAUAGCAGAGGCACUAGGGGAAGGUAUGCAUUUAUAUGGUGUUUUUAUAAUAUGCUGCUAUCUUGUUAGUUUGUAGCGUAGGGU